AUGGCGACGACCUCUCCAAAGACCACGACAAGGCGCUCUCCACCAUCUGCUUCCCCAACACCAUCUCCCAUCACUCGUGGUGCUACUGCACGUUCAGCUGCCUCGCCGCGCACCCCUUCUACCCUCACUCCUGCUGCGUCGCGUCGCCCUCUUUCUAAAGGCCCAGCAAUCAAUGGAGAGACCCGCGAAUUCCUCUCAGCAUCCCUCAAGCAGGAAACUGAUCAGAAGGAACAGCUCCUGGUUAAAUUGCAGAACAGGGAUCAAACCAUCUCAGGGCUCACAACAGACAAUGACAAUUUAACUUCGGCUCUCAAUGCUGCAGAGGCGAGAGUCAAUGAGCUAUACGCUGAGCAGUCUCGGUCCGAGAUGGAGCUUGCCCAACGAAUAGAUAUAUCAGAGAAGCUGAGGGCACAAGUCCGUGAACUGGAGAAGGAGAAGAGAGAUUUACAACGAAGGUACAAUGAGCAGACUGCAACAUUUGAAGCAGAACGUCAAGCCUUCUAUGACAACGAACAACACCUCAAGUCUCGCAUACAAUCACUUACUCAAGCUCUCAAACGCUCUGGUCCUCCACUUACCCCUGUUGACACAGAAAAUGCAGAACCCGAUUCAGAGGUUGAGCUGGACUCUGAGGAAGAUGCUCUACGAUCUCAUACCGACGUUGAGGUUCCACCCCAAGAUAUUAACGAUCCAGAAAGUGAACCCGCUGAAAUGACCGCUUUGAAACUAGAACUUUCUACCCUGUCUACUUCAUAUUCGUCCCUUCAAAGCACUCUUGUCUUGUUGCAAACACAGCUCGUUGAUCUCAAACGUGUCAACCAGGAGCUACAGGAGGAAAACGAAAGUUACAUGAUCCUCUUGCGGGAAAAGACCCUAAGUGGCCAAUUUGAUCUCAUGAAACAGGUCGGUGGAAGCAGGAUCAGUGAUGAUGAAGAUGAUGACGACGACGACGAAGACCAAGACGACGGCAGUGCUGCUGAUGUAGGCAGUCUACGAAGUAUUGGGCGAAGCACCCUUGACCGAGUUGACGAGGAAUCAGGGGAAUCUCUCCAGUAUCUUCACGAAAGUGUUGACUUGGACCAAGGAUUACUAUCUUCAUCUCGUAGUUCUCGCCACCCGAGCCGACAAGGCCGGAAACGUACUUUGUCGAACAACGCACCGCGGGGGGAAUCUCUCGCUGACUUGCCCAUUACUGGCCCAGGACUCGAUCUCGCGGCAGAGCUUGGCCGCGCAGAGAACAAAGACAUCCUUACCAGCGACAGUAUCGAUGAUCGAGACCGCUCUUUACCUAAAGGAAAACGAAGCAAGAAAGGAACUGACGGGCGGAAGGUUUCUGGUUCUGAUCCACUAUUGCCGGAGGCUGGCAACGACAUUGACGCCUUGCGAACCGAAGUCAAAUCCCUCAAAGAUGCCAAUAAGGCAUUGUCUUUAUACGCAUCCAAAAUCAUCGACCGGAUCAUUGCGCAAGAGGGAUUUGAACAUGUUCUAGCAAUUGAUUACGACAAGGAGCCACGGACACCGGCGACAGCAGGACCACAUUCAAUUCCCCCGAAACUCCCGCCAACUCAGCCUAAACCUCGACCGCAAUCAGUUAUUGUUGGUCGCUCUACAUCUAACCCCAAUCCUGCGAUCAACACUCAAUUGACAUCACCAAACCUCACCAAACCGCCGAACCCCAAAACUCAACGACGUUCCAUGUCCUUCGACUGGAAAUCGUUUUCUUUUGGCGAGAAGAAGGUAGAGCCGAAUCUUCGCCCUCUCACGUUAAAGCCUGGCGCUAGUCCCGUGACAGGUGCACGGAAACUUGAGACUUUUGAGGACGAAGAAGACAGGAAAGAAAGAGAGCGUUUGAAUGCCACAAUGAAACUAAUGGGCAUACAACCUGCUGCCCAAUCUCCAUUGCAUGCCCCUCCCACUUUAAAUAGGGAGGCAAAUAACAACCGUCGCAUUUCGCUGUUUGGGACGCGAAGCAAUUCGGAGGCUUCAUCCCAUCAAUCUACCUCCUCUUCGGAGCUGGCCGGAAACGCUCAUGUUGGACUAGGAUUUUCACCUGGUCUUACUCAUGAAGCUCUAGAACGCGCUGAGGCAGAGAAUUCCCUGGCUGCGCUCGAUGCGCACGAAAGGGGCCUCAGUGCAGAUAUCGCGCGAGGUGCGAGUGGAGGUUUCACAGAAAUUACCCCAAGAAGCCUCGGAAGAAGAAGCCGGAGAAGUGCUGGAGGCAGUGGCAGUACAGUCUGGAGUGCUGGGAUGAGUGGGGAAGCGGGCGAAGACUAG